CUUUCUGUCAGGAAAAUGGCCCAUCUGUGAGGUUGGAAACAAAUUAUCCAUUUCUAUGUGGAAGCUUGGACAGGGGAGAGAACAUAUUCAAAAUUGAUAAAAGGAUUUGUAUGGGGCUUCAAAGCAGAGCCAAAUUUGAAAUAGUAUCCCUGAAUCUGAUGGCUCUUCAGCUGCUUCCCCAUGCUUUAAAUAUCUCUCCAGUAGAGACUAAGAAAUUGUGUCUGAAUGGAACACCCUGGAUUUGGCAUCUUCUUGAAGAAUGUGUCAGGAACACAUGGGAGUACUGGGGUAUUGUCACGGGACUGAUCUCCAUUGCCUGCUUUCUGUUUGCUGCACUUCCUCAACUCUAUGUUGCUUACCAGAAUGGAAAAGUAGAUCAGGCACUCUCCUUGGGUUUUCUGCUGUGCUGGCUUGCAGGAGACCUUACCAGUUUUAUUGGGUGCUAUUUGACAAAUCAACUUCCAAUACAGAUUGUAACUGCAGUUUUUUACAUUAUCAUGGACAUAAUUAUGAUAUCUCAGUUUUUCUACUAUAAGUUAAAAAAUCAGAAGAUAACAAAAUGUGGAAUGAAUAUGAAGAAUUCUUGUAUAGCCUGGGUUAUGAUGUGCAUACUAUUGUGUUUAAUCUUACCUAGUCAGCUGUUGCUGCGAAACAAAGUCCAGAAUAGUCUUUUGGGAUCCAAUGAGAACUCUCACGGCAUGGUUGAAAUAUCAGGCUUUGUUUGUGGCUAUUUAUCUUGUGUGUUUUACUUGGGAUCUAGAAUUCCUCAGCUCUAUAAAAAUUUCCAAAGAAGAUCCACAGGCGGGACAUCUUAUCUUUUGUUUGCGUUAGCCAUGCUGGGAAACGUCACCUAUGGCCUUAGCCUUAUCUUAAAAAUGCCUGCAACACAAUAUCUUAUAAGUCUUUAUUUCUGGCAUCAUCUCCCUUGGUUUAUUGGGAGCUUUGGAGUACUGUUACUAGAUAUCUUUAUAACUGCAUAAUUUAUUACAUACAGAAAACAAAACAAGAGGAGACUUGGUUCAGUGGCUUUGGAGGUGGAACCUUUGUUAUAAAUGAAGAUUAUUAACAUGCACAUUUCUUCAGAGUGACAUUCCUAUAGAGUAACUUGGAUCUGUAAUUAAGUAUCUUGUUGAUUCCAGUAGAUCACUUCUGGAUCUAUGCCAGUAUACUCAUUCUAAAGUCUUACAGGGAUUUUAUAAGCAGAGAAUGGUGCUAAUUAGGGUCUUAAG